AUGAGCUCCCCAGAAGGGCCGAGCUUCCCGGGGCUGCUCUCGGGGGGUGCCUCCCCCAGCGGCGACGAGGGCUUCUUCCCCUUCGUGCUGGAGCGGAGGGACUCCUUCCUGGGAGGAGGCCCCGGGCCCGAGGAGCCCGAGGACCUGGCCCUGCAGCUGCAGCAGAAGGAGAAAGACCUGCUGUUGGCCGCGGAGCUCGGCAAGAUGCUUCUGGAACGCAAUGAGGAGCUGCAGCUGCGGCUGGAGACGCUGAGCACGCAGCAUGCCGAGCGGGAAGAGCGACUGCAGCAGGAGAACCAUGAGCUGCGCCGGGGCCUGGCGGCUCGAGGCGCCGAGUGGGAGGCACGGGCUGUGGAGCUGGAGGGGGACGUGGAGGCGCUGCGGGCCCAGCUGGGCGAGCAGCGCUCCGAGCAGCAGGACAGUGGACGCGAGCGGGCGCGGGCCCUGGGGGAGCUCAGCGAGCAGAACCUGCGGCUCAGCCAGCAGCUGGCGCAGGCCUCUCAGACGGAGCAGGAGCUUCAGCGGGAACUGGACGGCCUUCGGGGCCAGUGCCAGGCCCAGACCAUGGCCGGUGCGGAGCUGAGGACGCGGCUGGAGAGUCUGCAGGGGGAGAACCAGAUGCUGCAGAGCCGCCGCCAGGACCUGGAGGCGCAGAUCCGGGGUUUGCGCGACGAGGCGGAGAAGAGCCAGGCCAGGCUCCAGGCGGCCCACGAGGAGCUGCUGCUGCUGCGGCGCGAGAGGCGGGAGCACCGCCUGGAGCUGGAACGCGCGCGCUCUGAGGCCGGGGAGGCACUGACCGCCCUGCGGAGGCUGCAGCGGCGCGUCUCGGAGCUGGAGGAGGAGUCGCGCCUCCAAGAAGCCGACGUGUCCGGAGCCUCUCUGCAGUCGGAGCUCGCCCACAGCCUCGACGGCGACCAGGACGCGGACCAGGCCCUGGUCGCAGAAGGACCCGAAAGCAGCCGGACCAGUCUGUCUGGGGAGACCCAAGAGGUGUCCAGCCACCAGUCUUUGCCCCAGGAGGAGAGCUCGGAACCCCCCACGAAGCGGGCAUCGCUGAGCCCAGUGGACUUACUGGAGAAGGAAGCAGAAGUGGCCCUACUACAGGACCAGAUCGCAUUGCAGCGCGCAGAGCUAGAGUUCCUGCGGGAGGAGCUGCGGCGGCAGAAGGAGCUGUGGGCCCAGGAGGAUCCCACGGCGGCCCUAGGCGGGGCUCUCUCGGACCGGGACCAGGCCGUGAACAAGGCCCUGGAACUGUCGCUGGAGCUCGGCCGCGUGUCUCUGGAGCGCGACUCCCUGUCCCGGGAGCUGCUGCGCACCAUCCGCCAGAAGGUGGCGCUCACGCAAGAGCUGGAGGCCUGGCAGGACGACAUGCAGGUGGUGAUCGGGCAGCAGCUGCGCUCGCAGCGCCAGAAGGAGCUGAGCGCAGGGGGACCCGCGCCGCGACGCCCCGCGCCCCGCUUCUCCCUGCGCCUGGGCCCGGGGCCCGCGGGCGGCUUCCUCAGCACCCUCUUCCGAAGGACCUGA